AUGGCGGAAAGCUCAUUCCCAGGGUCUGCCCCAUUCAUAAAUACCAGCUCUAAGAACGACAAGACCUCAAAUAUCCAAAAAAUCUCAGAGGAUGAAGAAUUCGAAGUGACGUCACCCACUGAUAUGACUUUUCGACAAGCCAACUCAGGCGACAACAAAGGAAAUGCUUUGUUUGGAGGAAGCGCAUUCAGCGAAGGGGGAUCACAAACUGCAGGAGGCUCGCUAUUCGGUCGGGGGAGUCCAUUUGGUGUAGGAGGUGCAGAAUCAGGCCCAGGCCACCCGGACGACGAUGAGCCUGGAGCUCUCCCACCUGGCCCUGCAGGACAGGGACUCCCAAACAACUAUGCCUUGGGUCGUCGUACCUCUGUCUCCGCUGAAUCCUUGAACCCCACAUCUGCCGGUGCUGAAGGCUGGACACCCCCGCAUCACCCCAAGACGGAGGACCAACUAGCACGGUUGAAGACUGCCGUCAGUAGCAACUUCCUGUUCUCUCACCUCGACGAUGAUCAGUUCAAGACUGUACUCGAUGCGCUAGUUGAGAAGCCCAUUCCAGCCAAGGACAUCAAGGUGAUUUCUCAAGGCGACGCCGGUGACUAUUUCUACAUUGUGGAGAAGGGCUCUUUCGAUAUCUAUAUUCAUCCAUCUGGCUCCGUGCAACCGGGCCCAGAUGGCCUGGGUAACAAAGUUAGCAGUACCGGAACCGGUGGCUCCUUUGGUGAAUUGGCUUUAAUGUACAACGCCCCUCGUGCCGCGACAGUGAUUUCCACCGAGGCCAAAAGCACCCUUUGGGCUUUGGACCGCAUCACCUUCCGCCGCAUUUUGAUGGACUCUGCCUUCCAGCGGCGCCGUAUGUACGAGGCAUUCUUAGAGGAAGUGCCACUGCUCCUGUCUCUCAAGCCCUAUGAACGAUCUAAGAUUGCCGAUGCUUUGGAUACUAUCAAAUAUCCUGCCGAAGCCACCAUCAUCAGUGAGGGUGAUCCCGGUGAUGCAUUUUAUUUGCUCGAGUCAGGCGAGGCCGAGGCAUUCAAAAACAGCGUUUCGGUCAAGACAUAUAGUCGAGGUGAUUACUUCGGUGAAUUGGCUCUGCUGGAUGAUAAGCCGCGUGCGGCGAGUAUUGUCACCAAGACCGAUGUCAAGGUCGCACGUCUGGGUCGGGAUGGAUUUAAGAGGUUGCUCGGGCCUGUGGAAGAUAUCAUGCGGCGAGCCGACUAUCAGGUGGAUGCGACCAAAGCUCCUAUUCCAUGA